AAUUAAAAAUAAUAAUAAAUAAAUAAAAAAUAACCCCCCAAACACUUCCUUCCCACGCCCCUCCACCACCAGAAUCGUGUCCUCUUCUCCACCAAAACACGCACAAACACACACUAAAAAGUCUGGAACCAACUGCAUUCGCAAAAUCCCCAAUAUUACUGAUUUCCACUAUCUGAAUUACAAAUUCACUGCAUUUCCUUCUGCAACGAUUCUUAGAGCUGUGGCUCUGUUUUGGAGAAAUCUGCAAUGGAUAAAAGGAGUUGGCCAUGGAAGAAAAAAUCAUCAAACUCUUCUGCUUUAGACAAGGUCAAACACGACAGUGAAAAUGAAAAACCGAAGUUUAUUCAAAUUCCAACGGAAUCAUAUGCAAAUCUAACUGGAUUGGUGGAUCAAGUUAAGUCCUAUGAAGAACAAGUGCGGAACUUAGAGGAAGAAGUGAAGGAACUGAAUGGAAAAUUAUCCGAAGCCCAUUCAGAAAUGACCGAUAAAGAAAACGUAGUGAAACAACACGCCAAAGUUGCUGAAGAAGCCAUCUCAGGUUGGGAAAAAGCCGAAGCAGAAGCUGCAACGCUGAAAACCCAAGUGGAAUCUGUCACGCUUCUAAAGCUCACAGCCGAAGAUCGAGGAACGCAUUUAGAUGGUGCUCUCAAAGAAUGCAUGAGGCAGAUACGGGACUUGAAAGAAGAACACAGCAAAAAAUUGCAAGAAGUCAUUCAUAACAAAACGAAGCUCUUCGAUAAAAUGAAGCUCGAUCUCGAGUCGAAAAUAUCCGAUUUGGAGCAAGAACUUUGCAAUUCGGCUGAUGAAAAUGCUGCACUAUCAACAUCUCUGCGGGACUGUUCCAAUAUGCUGACUCAACUCGGUGAAGAAAAAUCAGAAGCUGAAUCUGAGAUACGACUUUUAAAUAGCAAUAUCGAGUCCUACGAAAAAGAAGUAAGUUCGCUGAAAUACGAAGUCCAUAUAGCUAGGAAAGAGGUGGAAAUACGCAACGAGGAAAAAAACAUGAGUGUGAGGUCAGCAGAAUUGGCGAAUAAGCAGCAUAUUGAAGGGGCGAAGAAAAUAGCUAAGCUUGAAGCAGAGUGUCAAAGAUUGCGUGGACUUGUAAGGAAGAAAUUGCCCGGUCCAGCUGCACUUGCACAGAUGAAGCUUGAAGUUGAACACAUGGGCAGAGAUUAUGCAGAAUCCCGUUUAAGGAAGUCCCAUUUGCCUGAAUUCUCGUUCGAAAAUUCACUGAAGAUCCAUAAAGAGCACGAGCAGCUUACAGAGCGUAUGCUAUCUAUGGACGAAGAAACGAGGAUGUUGAAGGAAGCGCUGGCAAAGCGUAACGGGGAGUUGGAAGCUUCUAGAAGCUUGUACGAGGAGACAGCUGUCAAGCUUCGAAGUUUAGAAGCAGAAUUACGAGGUAACGGUGAAAGAUUAUCUAGUAGAAAAGGUAUCGAAGAUGGAAACGAUGAUAAUGUGAGUUGUGCUGAUUCUUGGGCUACAAUGUCAAUUUCUGCUGAGCACUCUUAUGUUUGUAAGGAGAAGAAUUUAGACAGUCCACAUAUAUCUGAAAAGUCUAGUCGCUUGUGCCUUAUGGAUGACUUUUUGGAGAUGGAGAAAUUUGCAAACGAAACAGAUCCCAAAACUGUUGAAUCUUUGUCUGAAGAUGUUAAGUCGUGUAUGGACAGUGUGCAAACCAUCAAUCAAGAAUUGGAAAUCGCCAUCUCUUACAUUUGUGAUAUUGUGAAGAUGCUUGGUAAAGAGGCAGAAACAUCUGCAGAUAGAGAUGAACUAAAUGAAGAGAUCGACACUUUCUCUGCCAAAUACAACGAAGCUAUUAACAGCAAAAUGGUUAAUCUAGUUGAGUUUGUCCUCGACAUUUCUCGUGUCUUGAGCAAAGCAAAUGAACUGCACUUGAAUGUAACGGGGUUCAAAAGUUGUGAAGUGGAGAAUAGUAGUUCUGAUUGUAUAGACAAGAUUGUGCUACCAGAGAAUAAGGCUCUAUUGGAGGAUUCUUCAGGUGAAAGGUAUCCAAAUAGUUGCUCCCAAUUUUCCGAUUCUGCAUCUGAUCCGGAUAUACCAAGUGAUGCGAAACUUGUUCCGACAUCUGAAUCGCCAUGGAAAUGUUCUUUUGAGGAGUUUGAACAAUUGAAAGCCGAUCUUGCUAUAAGCACAGCAAAUUUGGAAAGCACCAAGUCUCAGUUGCUUGAAACGGAGCAGCUUCUUGCUGAUGUCAAGUUACAGUUGACAUCGGCUCAAAAGUCAAACACCUUGGCAGAGACACAGGUCAAAUGCAUGGCGGAAUCGUAUAGAUCAUUAGAAACACGAGCAGAGGAAUUACAAACCGAAAUCAAUUCUCUGCAAACGAAAAUAGAGAACAUGGACAACGAGCUGCAGAAGGAGAAAGCUAGUCAUCAAGAUGCACUUACCAGAUGCAACGAUCUUUUAGAGCAGCUUCAAAGAGUUGAUAAUUCUUCAGCAACAGUCGAUAAUAUCGACAAGGCUAGCCAGGAGGCAGAAUUAGCUGCUGCAUCUGAAAAGUUGGCAGAGUGUCAAGAAACAAUAUUUCUUCUCGGCAAGCAGUUGAAAUCGUUGCGCCCUCAAACGGAUAUACAAAACUCAACAACAAAUAGCGGCGAACAACCAACAAUAAGUGGGAUGAAUUUUCAACCUACUAUUGAUUUUGGCGCCACUUCUUUCAGUUUGCACAGAGCAGGCUCGGAAUCAUUCCUUGAUCCAUUCAAUUCCCAGUUUGGUACAUCUGAUUCUGAAGCAAAUAAACCACCGCUUCGAUCAAAGCACCGCCCCACAAAAUCGGGAUCGUGUUCAGCUUCUCCAACUCCUUCGGAGAAACAAAGCCGUGGAUUUAGCAGAUUCUUUUCCUCUAAAGGAAAGAAUUCCUACUAGUGAUCCAUAUUGAACUAUAGCUCAACCAAAUUUAUGCUUCUUGUAAUUAAACAUCAUCACCUUAUUUAUUAUAUAUGCUUAAUAAUCUUGUUUUUUUGA